AUGGCACGCACCCGCGCCAAGGGCGCUGCGACCUCGACGACUUCCAAAUCCAGCACCAAGUCACAGACAUCUUCAACCGAGUCGAAGCACACUCUGGCACCAGAGUCAACAAACCCGCCCAAGAUAUUCAUAUUACCGAAGAAAGCCACAUCAGAAGCUCGCGUUGUCUCGCUCCUAAAUCCUCGCUACAAGAAGCCGACGCGGUACCUGGUAUGCCCCGAAACGGGCAUAUAUGAGUUCACACGAAUUGCAGCACCGAAAAGCACACCGCGGAGCUGGCUGAUCGAGGCCAGUGGCACACGGGAGGAAAAUGAUGCGGCCCCAAAGUCAGACAAUCAACAGGACGCCGAAGAGUUCGGCGCCUACGUAACCAAGGGCGCGGAUCUGUACAUUGCUACGCCCAUCGACCCGCUCUUCUUGGUGCUGCCGGCACUCGAAUCCGAGAAGAAGCGAUUAAUUACCAGUGACGACCAUUUUGACACGAUACCCAAGGAAUCAUCGCCGCACUUCUCAGAGAUAUUACGGUGGGGGAAUGUUCGACAGACACUGGAAUCGCGCAUGGCCGCCGUCUGCGACAUGAUCAAUGUUGAUGUCGAGUCCAUGUACCGACUCAAUGAAGAAAAGCUGCUGAAGGAGCUGCUGGGCAAGGCAACGCGCAUGAGCAAAGGAUUGCCCGCAAGUAUGGAGGAGAAGUUUGUGGCCAAAGCUCUCGAAGCUCCUGUCCUCAGCGUGAAGAGGGAAACGGCCAAUGGGGCGCCCGCAGAACCAGAAAAUGCCAGCUCUGCGCCAGAGUCGGGUGCUUCCACGCCUAAGGUCGAGUCUACGGAGAGCCAGUCUUCCGCAUCGUCGACGGGGAUGAAUUUGACUGGUGCAUCAGAAGCAUCCACGGCUGCUACUUCCGUGGCCGGUGAGGAGAGCAAGGCUGCCGCCGAAGAAGCAUUCGAGCUCAAGCCAGCUAUUACACCCUCGCCCGAAGUCAUCUCGUUACAGCGAAUGCGCGUUGCCUUCAGCUUUAUCCUCUCCGGCUAUAUUGCCCAAUCACAAGCAUCGUCCCUUCAAGCUCUUUUGUCAGAAAAGAAGAGUCUUGCUGAUUUCACAGCCCUCGAUGACUACCUCGCCCAGGUUGCCAAGCUGAAACAAGAGGCUUCCGUGUCGAGAUCGAUGGCGGACUAUUCCAGGAAACGUAUGCUCGAUGACGACGAGCAGGCUGCGAGAGAAGAAAAGAAGCGCAAGAAGGAAGAGGAGGAGAAGCGGCAAAAGGCCGGAACAAGCAGAGGCGUCAAGAACUUGAGUAAAGUCAACACAAGUGGGAUGAAGAAGAUGAGCGACUUCUUCAAGAAGAAAUAA